AUGGCACAAUUAAUAUACGUUUGUUUUCGGGAUAACAUACUAAAUGAUUCCUUCAAAGACUUGGUAAAUUACGAAUAUGAUCAUCAAAUAAAAGUGUCGAAGCCGCAUUUUGCUCUCAAGGAGUUUGACAAGGUGAGCCAAUUGAUAGAAAUAUGCAAUGACAUGAAGAAAAUGUACCAGAAAGACAAUGCUACAAUUUCUGUUCCACUAUUCCGUCUGGCUUUGGAGCAGCUUCGUGUGUUGAACAGGAUAUUCGAGAACAGAACAAAUUGGAUGAUACCGCUUCUGUACCAAAGCGGUGAACAAUUGUACGAUAUAGCGAACACACUUGACACGCACAAAGAACAAAGCGGCGGCCGGCUCCAAAAUGAUGAAGAGGAAGAGUCUUUCUUGAUUCAAGCAGGAAGAGUGAUCCAUAUGACACUAAACACAUGCUUCAAAGACCGAAACGAGAAUGAAUUGGAAAACAAGAAAAUAGGUGUCUUUUAUUUUGCCACACUUCUAUUCAAACUAUACUACCGCAUCCAAGCUUACGGCCUUCUUUCAAACAUGUGCAAAGUGUUUGAGUCGCGCUUGAAUGAGAUUGAUCCAUACAUUCGCAAAGUUGACAAUGACCUCAUAAUAAUCCGCUUUAAGUACUACAUGGGGCUAUACUACGGAUACGAGAAAAAUAACUACCAGCUGGGCCACCAGUGGUUGAACGAAGCGUUUGACAUUUGCCGGAGAUACGAAACGAUAAAGGACACUCACGCAGUACGGACCCGAGUGUUGCUCUACUUGAUUCCAAUGAAGCUCAUGCACACGAGACAGUAUCCAAGGCUGCAGGUGCUCCAGAGAACGUAUAGAAAAUUGAGCAACUUCUACAAACCGCUAAUAACGAGCAUAUGCACGGGGAACCUCCACGAGUACGACACCUUUGUGCGCGAGAACGAGUUGUUUUUGGUGUCCAGAAACUUGCACGUGACCAUCUUAAAAUUGCGCGAGCUAGUCGAACUAAAGCUCGUCAAAGUGGCAUGGAGCUGUAACGGGGCCACUACAAAGGUGCCGCUAGAUAUUGUUGCGCGAGCAUUCGCCUUUGCUAGCGGAUCACGUGACAAGAACAGGAAGAAGGCCGACGCUGGUUCUUCUAAAAACGGCGACUCAAGCGCCGCCGAUGAUCUCGAUGAGCUAGAGUGCAUACUAGCAACGCUUAUAGCGAAGAACUACAUCAAGGGCUAUUUGUCACAUACACACCGGGUUAUGAUGACAAGCAAGGCUCCGUUCCCGAGCCUUGUAAAAUCCGGGGUAACCGGAAUAUCCCGGGGCUGA